AUGUCACCACGCUCGUCAACCAAUUCAUAUGAAGCAUGGUCUGCAUUGUAUUAUACUGUCCUAGCCAUCGGCUGUCAGUACCAUGAGGGUAGUAGUUUUGAUCCGGGAUCUGGAACAGCAUGGAAACUUUUCGAGUGUGCUCUUUCUCACUUGCCAGAUCUCAUCAUGAGGAAAGGAUCUUUGAUGGCGGUGCAAGCUUUGACUGCAAUGGCGAUUUUCUCGACAACUUUACCUGCGUACCAAUUUGAAGCAUUGCUCGUUACGGAAGCAGCCAAGAUGUGCCAGAGUAUGGGAUAUAAUAAGGCUUCAAGCACAAUUCCAAGUCUGAACGAGGAUAAGCGCCGUUGCACUUUUUGGGUAGUAUACUGUCUCGAGAAAAUGGCCUGCUUUAAUACUGGUAGAACUUCGAUUAUUAUGGACUCGGAUAUCGGCUGCCCGAUCCCUCUGGUCACCGAAUCUAUUUUCGGAAACUAUGACUGGUUCCUCUCCAUUGCCAGAUAUUCUCGGCUGAUUUCUCGCAUUUACGAGAGCAUUUUUACUGUGAGCUCCGGCGAGGGUUCAGCAGAGACCUACCACGCCUCAAUCAAGCAGCUUAAUGCUGAGCUUGAAGCCUGGCGUCUAUCGAUACCAGUACAAUUCCGACCACUCGAGCACUUUUCGGGACGUGGUCUACCAGGGACACUGGAAAUCUACGUCGCUGUCACUACGCAAUAUCUUUAUUUCAAUGCUUUGCUUACUUUGUUACGAACUACGCUUUACAUUAAGGCAGGUGAUCUGGGUACGGCAUCAGAUACGCAGGAGACGAAGAAACAAUUGAUGAAAACGGUGUGCUUGAUCCUAGAUUCAACCAAGUAUAUCGAAGUAGCCGCUUAUACUUCAAUUUGGAUUCUGGCACUGAUGCCAAUUUCAGCUUUGUUCAUCCUCUUUGACCUUGUCAUACACAACCCGACGCAUCCGCAGACCAACAACAAUUUGGCGCUCCUCGACGUUGCUAGUGGUCAUUUUGGUCGUAUCGAAUAUGCCACCAGUGGAACGCUGCCGGGAUCUCUGGUAUCGGAGUUUGCUCAUAUUGCACGAGACUUUGUACGAGAUUCGCAGCGAGAAAAGCCUAACCAAAAUGCGCAGAUAAUUACAAACAAUGUGCAAAACAAUAGCCUAGACAUAGUAUCCAAUCCCCCAAUACAGACCUCAAAAGAGGUCCUGGAUACAUCGAAUGUCUCUCUCGAGCCUCAGAUGUCGUGUGAUUACCAGUCCCAGCUCCAAUGUCAAUUGAAUCCCGCUGCACCAAAUACAAUAACUCAUCAAACAAAGCCACCAGGAGUACAGCAUCAACAAUCAUCGAAUACAUAUCUACGCCACAAUUCAAACCCUUCUGUCGGAACCAGUCAACCAUCUGACUCUACUCUACCUAGAGCGGAUGCUGGUGCGGAACAAAUUUUCUUCCCUCUUGCCGAUGAUCCGACGUAUGCUGUGCAACGGGAUGAUGGGGACUUACAGCAGCUCCUCGGCAUUGAUGUGAUGGAUCUAUUCGAUUUCACAGCUCCUUUCAAUUGGGGAUGUUGGUCGUGA